AUGUCAGUGAGCAGGUUCCCAACUGAGCCAGACAACAGGGAAUCUAAGAGAGCCAGGGUGGGCGCCGCUCCCUUGAUUGGGUUCUCGAAUGAGGAUAAGCGAGGUACCCUUCAACCCCACGAUGAUGCCCUGGUCGUCACGCUCAGAAUUGGAGGUUAUAACGUGAAAAGGGUGUUAGUUGAUCAAGGUAGCGCUGUGGAGGUAAUGUACCCCGACCUAUAUAAGGGGUUGAACUUAAGGCCAGAAGACCUGUCACCGUACGACUCCCCUCUGGUCAGCUUUGAAGGAACAACCGUCACACCGAAAGGCAUGAUUAGGCUGCCAGUGCAAACGGACUCGGACGUGGUGGAAGUGAACUUCAUUAUGGUAGAUGCGUAUUCCCCCUACACAGCUAUCGUGGCCCGGCCGUGGCUUCAUGCACUAAGGGCUGUACCAUCAACCCUGCACCAAAAAGUGAAAUACCCGUCAGGAGGUCAAGUAAAAGAAAUUUUGGGAAGCCAAGGAAUGGCCAGGCAAUGCAUGGUGUCGGCGAUCUCACGAUGGUAA